GCUCAUCCAUCCACCCAUCCACUCGCCUGUCCACCCGUCCCCCCUCUUUUUCACCGUCUUUUUCCACACUAUCACUCACGAUGAAGUUGACUGUCGCUUCCGUCGCCCUGGCCAUGGCCGCCAGCGUCAGCGCCGCUGACCUCGCCGCCGCUCCCACUGCUGCUCCCCUCGCUAAACGUUACUUCCCCGAGAACAGCGCCGACGCUGCUUCCUUCUUCUACACUGUCCAGCCGAGCCGCCUCCAGGAGAUCCUCUCCGAGGCCGACAACGGCGACGGCUCCUUCAUCUCCAGCGCUCGCUCCUUCACGUCCGCCUACUCGCAGGAGAUCUCGCGCUACCUCGAGGGCAACUACCAGAGCUCCAACAUUGGCGUUCCUCAGAGCCUCCUCUCGCAGCUCGCCACGGCCACGCCUAAUGCCAACGCUGGUGCUGGUGCCUCCAGCUCGGGCUCUGCCUCUGGCUCCGGCUCCGGCUCCGGCUCCGGCUCCGGCUCCGACACGGCGUCCGCCACCGGCACUGGCACUGCCAGCGGCGCUGAGUCGACGGGCACCGGCGCAUCUGCCUCGUCUGGUGCCUCGGGCGCUGCCGGCUCGGCUACGUCUGCCGCCUCUGGUGCCGCUAGCUCGGCAUCGGGCGCCGGUAGCUCGUCUGCUGCUUCCGCAACGAGCUCGCGAAGCCCCGACGCGGCUCCCAAGUCGCUCUCUCUGUCCGUCUUCACCAGUGCCCUCGCUGCUGGUGCCGCCCUCGUCGGUUUCAUGGUUCUCUAAAAUGGCCGUUUCUGCCGAGCGUCCUGAUGGACAAGCCCACCCUUUCCUGCGAUACCAAUACCACAAGCACACCCCCUGGCCCCCUUUUCCUUUAGCAGAUCAUGUUGACCUCGACCGACUUCCUCUCUCCCCUUCUCUAGAUGACACAUGUAACCACCUUCUUCCUCCUACCUUCUGAUACAGGUCCUUACUUUACCGAAAAGAGACUUUUUUCAGCCCUUUUACGUCCCACUACGUACCACCAUCCCGUUGUUGUAAAUUCAUUUUCGUAAACCUUCCAG